GGUCAUCCGGAAGUGACCCUCGGCCCAGCCGUUGCCAUGGAAGUGGCCGCGCGUUGUUGGGCGGAGGGAAGAUGGCGGUGACUAGCUGGCUGGAGAGUUUGCGGGCUGCCGAGAAGACGGCGCUGCUGCAGGACGGGAAGAGGAUGGUGCAUUAUUUGUUCCCAGAUGGGAAGGAAAUGGCAGAAGAAUAUGACGAGAAGACAAGUGAACUACUUGUGAGAAAAUGGCGCGUGAAAAAUGCCCUGGGGGCCUUGGGCCAGUGGCAGCUUGAAGUGGGUGAGCCAAUGCUGUCAGGAGCCGGGAGCCUGGGGUCCGAGCUCAUCAAGGAAAGUAAUGCCAAUCCCAUCUUCAUGCGCAAGGACACCAAAACAAGUUUCCAGUGGCGGAUUCGAAAUCUCCCCUACCCGAAGGAUGUCUAUAGUGUCUCUGUGGCCCAGAAAGAGCGCUGCAUCAUUGUUAGAACGACCAACAAAAAGUACUACAAGAAGUUCUCCGUCCCUGACCUAGACAGACACCAGCUUCCUCUGGAUGACUCUGCACUCAGCUUUGCUCACGCCAGCUGCACCCUGAUCAUCUCUUAUCAGAAGCCAAAGGAGGUCAUGGCGGCUGAGUCAGAGCUACAGAAGGAGCUAAAGAAGGUAAAGACGGCCCACGGCAGUGACGGGGACUGUAAGACCCAGUAGCUGUCCUGAGCCUUGCACCUCCAGGGUUGAGGAAGCUGCGAGACUGCGGGCUUGGCUCUCCUGGCACGGGCUUCUUCCCUUCUAAGGACUAGAGUCCACAGAACUGGCUCUUGGGGCACAGCGUGCCUCUGCCCACGGUUUUGUUCCUGAGUAAAGUCAUCUGGAGUUGUUCUAGAAGGAUUGCCCUUUUAUCUAUUUCUGUGUGGUGCCUGUCUCCAGGCACCCUGGCCUUCCUAGAGGAGAUGCUGGUGUGAUGACUCCCUCCUCCCAUCCUGGAGACCUGCCACACAAGCCUCCCAGCUAAAGGGGGAAGAGUGGGGCUAAGGCUGCGCAUCUUUGCAAGCUCCCCUGUGCUGGCCUAGGAAAGACUCACCUGAGGCCUAUGGCAGCACAUCAGCAAUCUUGGGAAGAGCACAGAAUGUUAACACGCCAUGGUUAUUAAAGUGAGGACCGUUACAGUUUGUCAA